CUCCGCGGAUUUUGUUUUGGUCAUGCAGAGGGACGGGGGUAUGGCCAUGGUGGUGGACAAGGGGAAGAACGUCGUCGAGGUCGGCGACGGGUGGAACCAGCACGGGUUCCCGCGGGGCUACCACUUCGUCCCCAAGGAAGUCGAGCUCAUCGGCUUCCUGGAGGAGCAGCAGGCCGGCCGCGCUCUCCCCGACCCGCUCCCCAACAUCUUCCACCACGUCAGGAUCCGAGACUACCACCCCGCCGAGCUCUACGAGAAGUACAAGGCGGACGAGGAGGCCGGGUACAUCUACUUCUUCGACCGCAGGGAGACGGGGGCCGGCGGCAAGCUUAAGAAGCCCGCACGAACCACCAAGGACGGCGGAUGGAAGGCCUCGGGCGGCGGCAAGGAGCUCACCAGCAAGAAGCGUGGCGGCGCGGUGGUCGGCUAUAGGCUCACCUUGGUCUUCUACCAGUACAUCAACAAAGACCUCCGCGACAAGACCAACUGGGCCAUCAAAGAGUACACCACCAACGGAACCGACGAUAAGGUAUGCUUGUGUUCAUGGUUGAAUCGAAUGCACUAGCAGAUCGAGCUUGAAAGCGAUCAGGCGAUGAAUCAAAUGAAAUAUUUAACUAGAUCCCCCCUU